AUGCCGGUUGGCCUGGAAACCACCGUGGGCCCGCCUGUUGAGGGCCUGGCAAUGCCACCGCCACUGAGUGAGUCCCCUGCUGAGGGGAAGGGCAUGUGUGGACGAGUUGCAGGGGGGCAAGGAGGGCUAGAGUGUCAGAGAAAGAUGCUGGCCCCUCUGCUCAGUGACGAACUGUCACCAAGAGCCCUCAGACCCACUGGACAAAAGCUCGAUGCCUCAGCUGUCCACUACCACAGAGGAGAGAGGACUUGCAGCCUCAACAAUUCCGUUGCUCGAAUUUAUUAUACCAACAGAGUGAAAAAUAUUUCCUUGAUCUCUUCCGGAUCGGCAGUGAUUCAGGUUGUUGGUGCUGCAGACAAGGAUUUGUCACCUGCUGGGCAACGCUUCUCCUUUCGAUUGUCACCUGAAAUUGCUGCAAAGCCAAACUUCACAGUCCACGAUUACAGAAAUAACUCAGCUGGCAUCGUGGCCAGGAGAAGCGGUUAUAGCCGGAGGCAGCAAGAAUGGUAUUUUCUCCCGGUCGUGAUAGAAGACAGCAGUUACCCCAUCCAGAGCAGUACCAACACAAUGACAAUCCGAGUUUGCCGAUGUGAUUCUGACGGCACCCUCCUCUCCUGCAAUGUGGAAGCCAUCUUCCUGCCAGUCGGACUCAGCACAGGAGCCCUGAUUGCGAUCUUGCUGUGUAUUGUUAUACUUCUAGUCAUCGUUGUUCUGUACGUAGCGCUGAGACGGCAGAAGAAGAAGGACACCCUCAUGACCUCCAAGGAAGACAUCCGAGACAACGUCAUCCAUUAUGAUGAUGAAGGAGGUGGUGAGGAGGACACCCAGGCUUUCGACAUUGGGGCCCUGAGGAAUCCAAAAGUGGUUGAGGACAACAAAAUGCGCAGGGACAUUAAGCCAGACGCUCUCCGCUUACCUCGUUCAAGACCACCUGCAGAUGACAACACAAACAUCAGAGAUUUCAUAAAUCAACGGCUGCGAGAAAAUGACGGGGAUCCUUUGGCGCCCCCUUACGACUCUCUAGCGACAUACGCUUACGAAGGGAAUGGAUCAGUGGCUGAGUCUCUUAGCUCUAUUGAUUCUCUAGCGACAGAAGCAGAUCAGGAUUAUGACUAUCUGAGUGACUGGGGACCACGCUUUAAAGUCCUAGCAGAGAUGUUUGGAGAAGAAGAAAGUUAUAACCCUGAUAAAGUCACUUAGUUUGGGCAGGAAGGAUGGCAAAGUGCAUCUACAGCAAAUUGAAAAAAAAUAAACAAGCUUUAUAGGACAAGAUCCCUUUGAUUAUAAGAGAUAGCAGCAGUUCCCAGCGAGUUCCUAUAUUUAUCAUAUCGUCCAUUUUGGUUUAACCUGUUUCGUUGGGAGAAAGGAUCGUCCUUGACUUUCUGGUUCUUUUGUUGGUUGAACUUUUUAUCAUUACUUUUGGAGUCACUCUGAGACAACCUCAGGCUUUGUAGCUACAAUUUAUCGAUACGACAAUGUAGAAAGAAAAAAAAAAAAGAGAUAGCUUUCCGGCAUCAUGGUGGAAGAGCGGUAGGAUUUUUCUUAAUUCCACUAAAGUGCCUAUUGAAACUCUUACCAUUUAAAGUGGAAAGGACUGCUGCGACAGAGCUAAGGAAAAAAAUAGACAUUAGCUUUAUGUCAUGGAGCAAUAGCGACAUGCGGACAUCCAAUUACUCUAAAACAAAACUGGAGAACACUGGCUGGAAUCUCUCUGUCCAGUGACUGCAGAUCACUGGGCAUCAUGUUCUUUUUGCUUCUUUUGUUUUAAAAAAACCCCAACAACAGCAAGGAUAUAAAAUGUCUGCCAGGUUUCACAUUUCUUAUGCCUACACUUCACGGGGUGG